AUGGCGUGUGUGUGGAGGCUGAGUGCCCUCUGCGGGGCCCGAGGAGGCCGAGCUCUCUUCCUCCGAACCCCAGUGGUCAGACCUGCUCAACUCUCGGCAUUUCUCCAGGACCAACCUGCCCUAGGAUGGUGUGGAAUACAGCACAUUCACCUGUCACCCAGCCACCAUUCUGGUUCCAAGGCUGCGUCUCUCCACUGGACUGGAGAGAGGGUUGUCAGUGUUUUGCUCCUGGGCCUACUUCCAGCUGCAUAUUUGAAUCCUUCUUCUGCGGUGGACUACUCCCUGGCUGCGGUCCUCUCUCUCCAUAGUCAUUGCCUCAAAUGCCAGAUAGUCCACAACUGUCCUCUCCUGGAAAAUCAGAUGCCUCUUUCUCUGAAAGCUCUGGACUAUUUUAUAAAGAUGAAGCCCUGGAGAAAGAUUUGA